UGCAGCAAGUUAAACGACUCCCUUUUAACCAGCCAGCUUCAAGGCGGAGGGAACUAACACGGAAGUGCGGCAUGAAACAUAGGGGUGGUUGUUUGCCCUUAAAAGCGCAGCCGCCAAUCGCACGGCGAGGGAGCUGCCAGAGGAGGGCUGCUUGGCCAUUGGUUGCUUUUGGCCCAGGCUUUUACUAAAAACGGCGAUCUUCGCUGCAGCCGCGCGCCCGCAAAAUAAUGGGGACUCGGUUGUGUUCCAGGCUACGAAGUGUGCGCUGAGCAUUUAUUUUCGGGAGCAGCGGCGAUCUCCCGUUGAAGUGACUAAAGGACGAGAAUUUGUGGGAAACACCCGAAAAGCCACUCUUAACACUCGACGAAUGUGGUGGUCUCGUCGUUUUGGACGGCUUUGGUCUUGACUCUGACCCGGAGAAAGUGACAGAUGUGUCAUGAUUGGAUUUCUCAAAAUGAGAAUGCCGGAGACCCACAAUGGAAUGCUUAUUAUCAGCAUGAUAAUCCCUGGCCCCUCUAUAAAUGCAGGAGAGGAAAUAAAUCUGAUGUCAAGGCUACCUGUGUUUGAACAUCCAGAAUUUCUGUUGCAGUCUUACAUUUCUUUAUUCAGAAAAAAUACACUGAAUUUAGUUAGCUGAAUCAGAGAAUUAAGUGCAUACUGUUAUAGAUGACUGUCUUUCUCUCUGAAAUGCAUCUGUGGUCCAUGAAAAGCAUCUUAUAUGUUGAAGAGCCACAAAUGAAAGUUGGUUAUUUAUAUGAGAAACAACAAUUAGCGGAAUAUCUGGUGCUAACUUAACAGCAGCUGGAGGCUGAGGCAGACUCAAUAAUUGAAGCAAGGGAAGCAGCAUUUGGAAUUCAGCUGUUCAACCCACCCAUCACAUGUCAAUUGGCCACCCACAAUACUGCAGCAAUCUCUAAUCCACUCAAUUUCAUCCCAGUAUUAUGGGUGGAUGGUUCUUUCUACAUGCUCUCAGAGAGUGUUGCAAAGCACUAUGGGAUGGUCGAAAUUAUCCUUGGGUACUUAAGAACAAACGUCCAGAAAAGCUUCGAGACACACUUAAGGAACUAGAGGAACUGAUGCAAAAUAGUCAGUGUGUACUGAGUAAAUGGAAGAGCAAAGAUGUCUGUCAGCUUCUCUUUCCUUCGGGUAUACUGGUAUCUCUAAGCCUUUCUGGACCACAGCUGGAACAAGUGGUGAUUGACAGAACCCUGAUGGGAAAGUUCAUCUCUAACACUAUCAGUGAUGCUGUGCUUACUGAUACUUUUAUGAUCUUUUCAUUUUGGGAACAAAGCAAACUCUGUUUCUUUCAACUCUCAAAAAAACCAAAUUCUCCGGAUGUAAACAAAAGACUUGAAAAACUCUCAAACUUCGAUUUUAAGAUAUCUUACAUUGAUAUACCAGGACUAGGAAACAGAAGGAAGAAGCGUCAUUUGACAAUAAAUAAUGUACAGAAUAUGGUUAUUUGCUGGUGGUCUGCUGCAAAGGAUGAACUUUGGCCUUGGUCCCCAGUGUCUGGCAAAAGAGAGAGAGCCAACUUGCUACUCUUGAAAUGUGAACAUGGCAACUUAGAGAUUCUGAGUUAUAUUCAUACAGAUGGGGAUCCACUUGAUGUCCGAUUUAGUAUGUACAAUCCACAUCAGUUUCAUACUGUAGAACAAUCUGCGAGUGCAGACCAAAAGCCCAUGGUUGACAGCUGCAUUUAUGAAUAUGUUAGGAAUAAAGUUCAUUGUGUGGCAAUCACCAAAAUACCAUUAACAUCCAAGGCCAUCAGCUGUUGCAGGAAUAUUACAGAAGACAAACUUGUUCUGGGUUGUGAAGAUUCUUCAGUAGUUCUGUAUGAAGCCUACCGUCAAGUAACUCUGUCAACAGAAGCAAAGCUGCUACCUGCCUUAAUGUGUUGCCACCCUAGUGCUGCCAUAAUUCUUAUUGGUAGUUCUCAAGGAGAACUACAGCUAUUUGACAUGGCACUGUCUCCAAUCAAAAUGCAGCUUUUAGCUGAAGAUUUCUCACCAAAAUCGACUCUACAAUUCAGUGAAAAUUUUGAGAUAUCCAGCAGUCUCACUCAAAUCCAAUGGGCUAUCCCACAAGAUUCUUCUCAGGACAUAGAUGUUUUGGGUAUACAUGAUCUUCUAUUAUUUAGAUUUGACAAAGGACCUGUCGGAGUGCUUCAUUUCAAAACUGGUGUCACCCCAAGAGGACAACUUGGCCUUGUAGAAAUCAUCCAGGAAUAUAUUCAUCAAGAUGAGAUAUAUGAGGCAAUUAACAUCUUAAAUGGAAUGAACUGGAAUACAGUGGGUCAUCACUGUUAUGUAAGCUUAUGUGCCAUAAUAAACUAUCUGCUUCGACAAAAGCUGACACACAUUAGAGAAGCACAGCUGGAGGCAACUCUUGGGACAUUUUAUGCACCAACCCGACCUUUGUCUGAGACAACUGUUUUGGGAUACAGGGACCAGAUCAGCAGAUAUGCACGAAGGUUCUUCCAUCAUCUGCUCAGGCACCAAAGAUUUGAAAAGGCCUUUCUGCUAGCAGUUGAUAUUGGUGCCCGUGACUUAUUUAUGGACAUCCAUUACUUUGCACUAGAUAAGGGUGAAUUGGCACUAGCUGAAGUGGCAAAGAAAAAAGCUAACAACAUUGACACAGAAUCAAUAACUACUAGAGUUGAGAUUCCAAGACAUAAAAACAAAGAAGAUAAUUUAAGAGAACCUGUUGUGGACCUGCGUAUGACACCACAAGAACAGAAAGUUGAAGGCAGUCUCCCACCAUGCAGUACAAGUGAUGAUUUCCUCAAAUAUACGACAUGCAACAGCUCUACAAGUGAAGUAGACAAAAGGGAAUGUGAGUUUUUGACAGACUUUUCUACUAAACUGGAAAUGGACAAAACUGCAUGUCAAACAGAAGUUUUUCAGGAAGUGCAUGAGGAAGAGCAGGAAAUUAGAGGAAAGAGCUCUAUCAAAGUAGUGCAUUUUGGUCUGGUAUAAACCAGAAAUAUUGAUGCAUAGUAAGAAAAUUAAGGCCCUACAGAUCACUUGCUGUGAAAAACAAGAAGCUUUCAACUAACAGAUUCUGAAAUAAUGUUCAAAUAAUUCACUAGUAAAUAUUAACUGCUUGCAUAAAUGGUUAAAUCAAGGGAAAUUAAAUGUGCUCAGCUCUGCCUGAAUCUUACUAUUUUUAGGUCAGUCAUAUAAAUUCAUUUACCUACAGCCAAGAGGCCUUAUAUUUACUAUAUUAUUUGUAUUUUCCUAGAGCAAUAUAUGUGAUGACUAAUCACCGUCACCAUUAAAUAUUUAGAAUAUCAUAAUAAUUUUUUGCCUUGGGUGGAAACUAUCUCAUGAGCCUAUUUUAUGUUAACUGAAGGGUUACUAAUACUUGUUGAUACUAUAAAGAGAUAAUAACUAUUUUAAUAAUGUACUUUAAAGAUUGAUAAAUAGAUCUGACUAGAUUUUA